CGCCGGCCCGCAUCCCCGCGCUGCGCCGCCCGGCCGGGUGCAUGCAUUGUGGGCCUCCCGACAUGGUCUGCGAGACGAAGAUCGUGGCUGCGGACGACCAUGAGGCACUGCCGGGGGCCAAGAAGGACACACUGCUCGCCGCCGCCGGAGCCAUGUGGCCCCCGCUGCCCGCCGCGCCCGGGCCGGCCGCCGCGCCCCCACCCGCACCGGGUCCCCAGCCCCACGGAGGCACGGGGGGCGCGGGGCCGCCGGAGGGGCGCGGCGUGUGCAUCCGCGAGUUCCGCGCAGCCGAACAGGAGGCGGCGCGCCGCAUCUUCUACGACGGCAUCUUGGAGCGCAUCCCCAACACGGCUUUCCGCGGCCUGCGGCAGCACCCGCGCACCCAGCUGCUCUACGCCCUGCUGGCGGCCCUCUGUUUUGCUGUGACCCGCUCACUGCUGCUGACAUGCCUGGUGCCAGCCGGGCUCCUGGCCCUGCGUUACUACUACAGUCGAAAGGUGAUUCUGGCCUACCUGGAGUGUGCACUACACACGGACAUGGCUGACAUUGAGCAGUACUACAUGAAGCCACCUGGUUCCUGUUUCUGGGUGGCUGUGUUGGAUGGCAACGUUGUGGGCAUCGUGGCUGCACGGGCCCAUGAGGAGGACAACACGGUGGAGCUGCUCCGCAUGUCCGUGGACUCACGCUUCCGCGGCAAAGGCAUCGCCAAGGCUCUGGGCCGGAGGGUGCUGGAGUUUGCCAUGUUGCACAACUACUCUGCAGUGGUACUGGGCACCACAGCUGUUAAGGUGGCUGCCCACAAGCUCUAUGAGUCACUGGGCUUCAGACACAUGGGCGCAAAUGAUCACUACGUGCUGCCUGGCAUGACCCUCUCGCUGGCCGAGCGCCUCUUCUUCCAGGUUCGCUACCACCGCUACCGCCUGCAGCUACGCGAAGAGUGACCACCACCACCUGCACACCACCCUGUCUGCCCCCGUUCACCUCUGCCCUCCUGCUCGCUGCCCAGUGCGGCCCUGCUUUUCAAUGCUCACCUUGGCGUUAGUUUGGGUUUUCCUUUUUCAGCGUCAUGCUGGUUCAUCGCCUGGCUGGUUCUGGGGGCCACAGGGUGUUGCUCAUCUGCAACACUCUGGGGUGGAUUGUCUGCAGCCACAGCCCUUGCCUCCCCAGCGCAUCAGAGUGGCUCGUCAUGCCUUGAAGAGUAGCAUUGUGGACCACCUGGACUAUCCACAAAGCUGCCCAGCCUGCCUCUAUCAGGGAAGGACUAGCCUUGCCCCUCAAGCACAGAACCUCUACAACCAGCCCCCCAAGGAGCAGACCCCUGGCCCCCAGCCAGGCUAAGGCUCAGCCGUGGGCCUCUGGAAGAGUGGCCUGCUGGGCUGGCCAGCCAGU